AUGGUCGCAGACCUCAUUGAUGAUUCAAGAAAUUGGAAAGCAAGCAAAGUGUGGCAAGUCUUUCCUCCGGACAAGGCCAAAAUCAUCCUUGCCCUUCACAUUCCUCAAUGCGACACUGCGGAUACAAUUGAAUGGAGUCACACCAAGUCUGGAAAAUUCUCAGUCAAGUCAGGUUACUGGUUCCUCAAAGCUUCCGGAGAGAACCCAAACCCAACAAAUCCUUUCUGGAGAAUGCUCUGGAAAUCAAAUAUUUUCCCUAAGUGGAAACACUUUCUAUGGAAAAUCAUGGUAAAUGUUUUACCAACAGCAGACAAUCUAUUAAAGAGAAACAUCCAAAUUCCUUCCUCUAAUUGCAAGCUGUGCAAGGAUAGGCAAGAAGGAACUGCUCACAUUCUCAGAGACUGUCAAAUAUCCCAACGAAUUUGGUCAGCCAUUAUGGGCAUUUCGACGGGAAACAGCCAGCACAUCCCUAUUCAAGAUUGGAUUAAAAACUUCCUAAAUUUCUUCAGGAAGAAAAAAGAAGACGGGGAAGAAAUAGCUCUCAAAUUUAUAUCGACCAUGUGGAGUAUUUGGCUUCAUAGAAACGAGAUAAUCUUCAACAACAUCCAUACAAGCCCUGGAAGAAUAAUCGAGCUCCAGCGUAUCUGCUACGAUAGAGCAAUGAAGAGUGCUCAAAGAUCAAAAGAAGAUCAAAUCUCGGAAAUCUGUAAUACGGAAGAUAUGGAACGAAAAGAGGAGAAUUCUUGGGAGCUGGGGGCCAGAUCAACGUAUAGAGUCCAGAUUUUAGUUGUUGACGGAGCAUGGAAGAAGAAGCAUAAAUCAGGUCAAUGGCAAGCAGCUGUAGCAUGGAAGAAUAUAUCACAUUCACAUGGGGAAGAAUUUGCUUCCAGAGUCUUUGCCUCCACCCCAUUACAAACUGAAGCUUACGCAGUUUUACAAGCCAUAAAAGACAUGGAAUGGAAAUGCUCGGAUAUAAGUAUAAAAACAGAUAAUCAAGAGGUUAUAAGAGCUCUCCAUCAACAGAAAAAGGCAGACAAGAGCAUCUCCUCCAUAAUUUCUGAAAUCAAGCAAAGAGCUCGUAGUUUUCAAUAUUUUUCUUGUCAAAAAGUAAAGCGAGAGGAUGUGUCCCUAGCCCACAACCUAGCCAGAAAGGCAAGACUAGGGACUUAUCUAUCUUAG